CGGGACUUGAUUACAAGGUACCUAAACUUUAAAAAUUUUAACAAUUCCAGAAACGUACAUAAAAUGAGUAAAUAUCUCCCUUCCUCCAACGUCUCUCAACUCAACCACAUUCCUUUUUUACAACGAAAAUUUUAUUUAUUUUUAUUUAUUCUUAUCAUUCUUCACAAAACUACAAAUUGCUUUCCUGCCCUCCUGGAUGAGUCAAACAACACAAAUCGUUCAUUCACUAAAUUUUGGGAAACACAACAAACAUCUCAAACCUCACAAACAUCACAGACAACCGAGUUUAAUAUUAAUGCUCAACAGGAUGAACAGAAGCCUAGCUAUUUUAAGGCAAUUAAGAAAAUCUCAAAAAUUAUUCCCCUCAUUUGGAAGGGGUCUUUUUCCUCCUUCAAAAUAAUACUUUCACUAGAAUGGCAUCAUGUUGAAACUCCAUAUACAGUCAGUGUUUGGAUACUUUUGGCUAGCAUAGCUAAAAUACUUUUCCAUGUCCACAAACAAUUUGGAGAGGCAAUACCAGACAGUGCUCUACUCAUUGUUGUCGGUCUAGUUCUUGGUUAUGCUCUUCAGAAACUACAUGUUAGCAACGAACUCUUCACUCUCAAAUCUACAACAUUCUUCCUCUAUCUACUUCCUCCAAUUAUUUUUGAUGCUGGCUAUUUUAUGCCAAAUCGACAACUCUUUGAAAAUUGGGAUUCUGUCCUUCUUUUUGCUUUUGUCGGCACAAUUUGGAAUACUUUAGCUAUUGGCUUUUCUCUCUACCUAUUAGGCCAAUUAAAUUUAUUUUCUGUUGCCUUCUCCAAUUUUGAAAUUUUAUUGUUUGCUUCUUUAAUUAGUGCCGUUGAUCCUGUUGCUGUUAUUGCUGUUUUUGAGGAGAUCCAUGUUAAUGAGUUCCUUUUUAUUAAUGUUUUUGGGGAAGCUUUGUUUAAUGAUGGUGUUAGCGUGGUACUUUAUCAAAUGUUCCGCAAAUUUACUCUUAUUGGUGUUAACAAUCUUGCAGUUUUUGACUACAUUGCUGGGAUAUUUUCUUUUGUUGUGAUAGCUUUAGGGGGUACUUUAAUUGGACUUUUCUUUGCUUUCUUCGUUUCUAUACUGACGAGAUUCACAAGUCGAGUCAAGAUUCUUGCACCUGUAUUUGUUUUUGUUGUUCCAUAUUUAGCCUAUCUUUCGGCUGAAAUGUUUGGAUUCUCAUCUAUAUUAGCGUAUAAUUUUGUUUUAAAUUUAGAUCCUGAAAUUUUAUUUUCCGGAAAAUGGGAAAUUUCUUGA